UAAACCCGCUUAAUCUGCGUUUAAGGCAGGCAAGCCAAAAGAGACGAAUCUUAGAAAAGACCCAGACUUCCCAUCACUACCUCUUGGGUAUGUGAAGGUGAGUCUACAAAAAUGGUAAGUCUAAUUUGUUUCAAUAAAAAAACAAAAACAAAAACAAAAAACAGAACAACAAGAACAACAAAAAGCCACCCAGUGUUGUAAGAAAAUAAGUGUGCCUGCAAGAGAACUCAAACCAUGACACGCAAUGAGCAAUGUAAGACGUCUUCCUGUUUUGGCGAUCUUUGGAGCUGACCUGAGAGACAGCGAGAGACAGCGAGAGUAGCAGGUGCAACGUCUCUUCUUCCUUUUUACCGAAAAUUUGUGACUUUCUCCUCUCUUCUAUGAUGGAAGAGAGCGAAGACAGAAAAGAAGGAUAUUACCAGGUCGCCAAGCGGCUCCGGACGGAACAAGAGACCGGUGUAAAAGAGCUAGAGGACGGGAAGGAGGAGGAGGAUUCUGCCGCUGAGGAGGCAGCGGGGAACGGGUGCACUGAGAACCGCAGGAGCGGAGGGAAGGAUUGUUUGGAUGACAGUCGUCGCAUCCCCCCAUCUCCAGUUGUCCAUGUUCGAGGACUUUGCGAUGCUGUGGUGGAAGGGGACCUAGUGGAGGCACUUGACAAGUUUGGCAACAUCUGUUAUGUAAUGAUGAUGCCUUUCAAGCGUCAGGCUCUGGUGGAAUUUGACAGCGUGGAGAGUGCUGAGCGCUGCGUGUCAUUCGGAACCCGUGACGCUGUCUACGUCGCUGAGCAGCAGGCUUUUUUUAACUUCUCUACCAGCCAGAGAAUCACCAGACCCACCAACACAGACGACCCCUCCAGUGGAAACAAAGUCCUCCUGUUGUCCAUACAGAACCCUGUGUAUCCCAUUUCCACUGAUGUGUUGUACACUGUGUGCAACCCAGUUGGUAACGUCCUACGUAUUGUCAUCUUCAAACGCAACGGCAUCCAGGCCAUGGUUGAAUUUGAGUCAGUAAAGGAUGCUCAGAAGGCCAAACUGGCUCUGAAUGGAGCUGACAUCUAUGCUGGCUGCUGCACACUCAAGAUUGAAUACGCUCGGCCCAACAGACUGAACGUCAUCUGCAACAACAACACCAGCUGGGAUUACACCAAACCCUUCCUCCUGCACCGAGAGCGGGGGAAGGGGAGACAACGUCAUGCCAUAUUGGGAGAGCAUCCAUCUAACGGAGGUGGUACACACUGGCCCCUCUUGCCUCUACCUGCUAAAAGCCAGAACUGGAGGUACAGCGAGGAGGUGCAGGAGAGGAUCUCUUACCCGCUACUCCAGAAGACCUCCCCCACAUUCUCUUCCUCUUUCCUUGGCAAAAGCAUUACUAGCUCUGUCACCAUGGUGAGCGGUCUCCAUCCUGUUAAGAUGAACUGCAGCCGUAUUUUCAACCUCUUCUGUCUCUACGGCAAUGUCGAGAAGGUGAAGUUCAUGAAAAGCAUUCCAGGCACAGCAUUGGUAGAGAUGGGUGAUGAAUAUGCUGUGGACCGAGCUGUGACUCACCUAAAUGGUAUCAAAGUAUUUGGCAAGAAAUUCAACGUCUGUGUGUCCAAGCAACAGGCUGUGAUUCCCAGUCAGGUCUUUGAGCUGGGUGACGGCACCUGCAGCUACCAGGACUUUAGUCUAACAAGGAACAACCGCUUCAGCAGUGCACAGAGCAGCAGGAACAUCAUCCAGCCACCCGCCACUGUGCUGCACUUCUACAAUGCCCCACCAAACCUCAAUCAACACCAGUUGCAAAAGCUCUGUACUGAAUACAACAUUUCAGCAUUCUCUAAGUUCAAGGUUUUUGAUGCCAAACCCAGCUCAAAGACUCUGUCUGGUCUGUUGGAGUUUGACAGUAAGACUGAAGCUGUGGAGGCUCUGACAGUCCUCAACCACCACCAGAUCCGAAUACCCAAUAGCUCCAGCCCUUUCACCCUGAAGCUCUGCUUCUCCACCUCCUCCCAUCUGUGACCCAGAAACAAGAUGGCCCGGACAAACUGGAAAAGAGUUUAUUUGUUCCUUGAAACAAUUCUACUUUUUCAAUGGAUGAUUGCUGUGUGGUCAAUGUAGAAAAAAAGAUUUUAGCAAUAAACUAAAUAAGUGACACUCUUGAAAAUUAGAUAAUCGAGCCAGACUUUUCUUUGUUAACAUUUGUUAAUAUUUCAUCUCAUAGUUUCGGUGUAAUUUGUUUGAAUGUAAAGUGUUUGAAUUAGUUAAAUUCCUUACAGGGGCUUAAAAUGGAGUACAAUAGGAAAAAUCUAAUGGGAAGCAAUUAGAAACAUUUGUCUUAGUUCUGUGUUCAGUCCAAAGACAAAUGAUGAUAACAACCUUGUUUUAUUUGUGUAAUUAAAGAGAAAAUAUAGAGAGCUUAUAUCAUUAUUAAAGCCCACCUGCAUCAAACUUUUGCCUCAACUUAAAAAUAUGAAAAAAGCCUUUUAAUAAACUUAUAUUAAAUCAAAAAUACAGUUUGUUCCAAAACCACUAAACCACUGCUGAACUCAUUUGGUAGUUCUUUAAAGCUAAACAGCAACUUCAACUAAUAAAUUCAUGUCUGUUUAAAAAAACAAAUAUCUGCUUUUACUAUUACUGUGAGCGCCCUGAUGUUGUAUUUACUCUUCCCAUCAUCAAAAUGUAAAUAAUAUUUUGUAAAGAAGGUGCUGGGUGUAACUGCUGUAAAGUACUGUGUGUUAUGUUCACUAUAAGUAAAACAUUAACCCCAGGAACAUUUAUGCACUUUAUGGUUGUUGAUGAGUACUGCUCGCACUUCCAGUUGUUGGAUUAUAUAGCAUACCUUCUUUUUCCUGGAUAAUGUUGUCUAAUGCUGCCUUCCAAACUUUUUGAAUCAAACCUUAAAUACACUGCUUAAACCAAACUAAUUAAUUUUUGCUGUGAUGUAUUUGUGUUAUGAAAGGACGCUGAACAGCAACAGAGUUAAUAAAACUAUUGAUUUCUGUUAACUAACAGAAAUCAACCAGCAAGAUAGAAUCAUUAAAAAUGCGUUGAACAUGAAUUUUUAUUUUGUUUCUACGUUCCUGCAUCGUUUGAAACCAAAGACACCAAAGCAGGCAGAAGAUUUAAAGAUUGAUGAACUAAGUUUUUAAAAAACCUAACCCACAAUGUAAAUACAUACAUAAUUUUUGCUACAUGUCUGGAUCAGGCUAACUUUACCACUUAGCCAAAUGUCUGAUUUUUUUGUACAUGUUAAAAAAUAAUAUAACAGCAAUGAAGAACACAAUCAAAACAAAACAUAGUGAAAACAAGAUAAUCAUAAUAAAUAACAUGUUGAAAAAGGACUAGGAAGAAGCAUAAGCUUAUUUAAUCCCACUAAUAUUUCUACUAAUAAUCAAUCCCUUUUUCUCCUUGUUUAUGCCCUAUCCUUUCAUAAAUCCUUCCAAUUUGUUACAUGGUUUUAUUAUCCCAAUAUACUGUUAAGAGUUAUGCAUAUUUA